CGAUUCUUCAGUCUUAGUUUUACAUAAAUCAAGUUUUUCUAUCUAUACCUGCAUAGCUACGCUGGAUAUUGCGUACCUGCCAUCUAGCGCCAGGCCAUCGCCCAACUCGCACGUCAAACUCAUAUGGAAACUGAUGGCAUCCUGACCCUAGGGCAGAGGUGGUUGAUUCUGAUAUAAAAGAAGAGUCACUGUUGGGGUGCUUCUGAUUAUGGAGUAGACUCUCCAAAACGAGCCUUGCUUGACCCAACUUUCUUUAGCGAUUUAUGGACGCGAUCUAGACCAUCACAUGAUUUCGAAUACAUCCAUUAAUAGCGAUAAUUAGAAAACAGACAGCACGCAUCCCCCACAGGCGUUCUCUAGUUAGCGCUGAUUUUGUCCCGAUCAGAGUGGACACAAAAAACUCGUGAACAAAAGAAAAUGGAGCGGCUCUUAAAUUUCUUCCAACGGGUGCUUUCGUGCGCUCACCUGGCAAACAAGUGGGGUCUGGGACCCUUGCGACAAACCGCGGUGCUGCUCUACGCCAUUGCGUCAGAACCCCCAUCGCGUUUAGCUUUAUCGAGCGCAGCGGAAGAGUACUGGGACAACGUGUUAUCCAUGUACGCCGAAUCGUGCGGCAUCACCCUCCGCCCAAGACAAGACACUAUGAAUGAAGACGCUGUGGCUUCCUCGGCGGUUGAUCUGGCUGUGGUAGCCGAGUUUUCCAAGGCGCACCGGAGGCUCGGGGUUCAACAGUUCCAAGCGCUAGCAGAAUACUUACAAAUUGAUUUGUUGGGGUCUCAAGCCUCUCAGACGGAUGCUUUGGUAGCGGAACUUCAGCAGAAAGUCGAUCUCUGGACGGCCGAGAUGACCCCCGAGUUUCUCGCCGGGAUAUCACCAAUGUUGGAUGUAAAGAAGUCGCGACGCUAUGGCUCGUGGUGGAACAUGGCACGGCAGGAUAUCUUGGCCUUCCAUCGUCGUCCUUCCUACAGUGAAUUCGUGAACGACGCCCUGGCCUUCAAAGCUUUUCUCAAUCGUCUUUGUAGCCGAGCCAAUGAGGCCCUCCUCAACAUGCAAGGUUCUUUGCCCGGAUAUCAUACCGCCUCGCGGCUCCUUGAGCAGUCCAUCAUAUCCACAGUGGCGGAUUGCCCGAAGACACGCCUCAUUCUCCCGGAUGGCAAGAUUGAAUACGCAGAGACACCUCGCCAGGGAGUCAGUGGUCCCACUGCGUAUAUCCAGUCGCUCCGCCAGGGCACAUCUUUCAUUGGUCUCAAGUCAGUCGACGUCGAUACUCCGAUCAACUUGACCGACGCUCUGCUUGAGGCCAUGUGCUUAGCACUCCUUGAUGGAAUCUCGUUUGUUGGUAAAGCAUUUCUGGUGACGGGAGCGGGUCAGGGGUCGAUAGGAGCGGGAGUGGUGCGUCUAUUGUUAGAGGGAGGAGCCCGAGUAUUGGUGACGACGAGCAGGGAGCCGGCGACGACAGCCAGAUACUUCCAGCAGAUGUACGAUAAUCACGGCGCAAAGUUCUCCGAGCUGCGGGUAAUACCUUGCAAUCUAGCCAGUGCCCAAGAUUGCGAAGGGCUGACCCAGCACGUCUACGAUCCCCGGGGGUUAAAUUGGGAUCUAGAUGCCAUCCUUCCCUUCGCUGCCGCAUCCGACUAUAGCACCGAGAUGCAUGACAUUGGGGGCCAGAGCGAUCUGGGCCACCGACUAAUGCUGGUCAAUGUCUUCCGCUUGUUGGGACAUAUCGUCCACUGUAAACGAAAUGCCGGGGUUGACUGCCAUCCGACCCAGGUGCUGCUGCCACUGUCACCAAAUCAUGGCAUCUUCGGUGGCGAUGGGAUGUAUCCGGAGCCAAAGCUAGCCCUUGAGACCCUGUUCCAUCGCAUCCGAUCAGAGUCUUGGUCGGACCAGCUAUCUAUCUGCGGCGUUCGCAUCGGUUGGACCCGGUCGACCGGUCUAACGACGGCCCAUGAUACCAUCGCCGAUAAGGUCGAGGAGCACGGAAUACGCACAUUUUCUGUUGCUGAGAUGGCAUUCAACAUCACCAUGCUGCUAACCCCCGACUUCGUGGCCCAUUGUGAAGAUGGACCUUUGGAUGCCGAUUUCACCGGCAGCCUGCGAACAUUGGUCCAGCUGGCGGCCGAGGUGAUUCGUGCCGUGCAGGCCGAGGAUGAACAUGAGAGACUCUUGUCUCCGGGAACAAAGCCUACCCUGCAAGCACCCGUGGCCCCAAUACACCCCCGCAGUAGCCUUCGUGUAGGCUAUCCCCGUCUCCCCGAUUAUGAGCAAGACAUUCGUCCCCUCUUCCCGCGUCUGGAAAGAUUGCAAGAUCCGGCCAAUACUGUGGUGGUGACUUCAGCCGGCUAUGUCGAACUUGCCUGGCUAUUAAACCUCAUCCGCCACGUCGACGAUGAUUCCUACGUUGGUUGGGUAGAUACUCAGACCGGGAAACCAGUGCGGGAUGGCGAGAUCCAGGCACUGUACGGGGACCAUAUUGACAACCACACCGGUAUCCGUCCUAUCCGGUCCACCUCGUACAAUCCAGAGCGCAUGGAAGUCCUGCAGGAGGCCGCCGUCGAGGAGGAUCUGCCCGAGUUUGAAGCAUCUCAACUUACCGCCGACUCCAUGCGCCUCCGCCAUGGGGCUCACGUUUCCAUCCGCCCCGUUGGGAAUCCCGACACAUGCCGCGUGAAGCUUAAACGAGGCGCCGUUAUCCUUGUUCCCAAAACAGUUCCCUUUGUUUGGGAAUCGUGUGCCGAACCUAACCAUCAGGUCGACCCCGUCACGCUGUAUACGGUUUGCUGCGUGGCCGAGGCAUUUUACAGUACCGGUAUAACUCACCCUCUUGAGAUCUUUCGACACAUACACCUCUCGGAACUAGGCAACUUUAUCAGAUCCUCUAUAGAUCAUGAGAUCCCGUCGGAUGUUCUGCAAGACACUUAUCUCAACACACCCGCUGCCUGGGUCAAUAUGCUGCUCCUUGGCUGCACGGGGCCGAUCAAAACUCCCGUCGGUGCAUAUACCACCGGGGUCGAGUCGAUCAAUUCUGGCUACGAGUCAAUCAUAACAGGCAAGACCAAAAUGUGUCUCGUGGGUGGCUACGAUAAUCUGCAGGAGGAGGCAUCGGAUAGAUUCGCACAACUCAAGGCUACGGUCAACGUUGCAGAUGAAACCGCCCGCGGUCGACAACCCUCGGAGAUGUCGCGCCCCAUGGCUGAGAGUCGUGCGGGCUUUGUCGAGGCGCAUGGCUGCGGCGUACAGCUGCUGUAUCGAGGUGACAUCGCCCUGCAAGUGGGUCUCCCUAUCUAUGCGGUCAUUGCCGGCUCAGCCAUGGCCGGCGACAAGAUUGGUUCCCCGGUGCCAGCACCGGGACAGGGCAUUCUAAGCUUCUCCCGUGAGCGCACUCGAUCCAGCAUGGUAUCCCUCACGUCGCGCCCGAGCAGCCGCAACAGCACAUCAUCUGAAGUCUCGGACAAAUCUUCUUUGACUUCAAUCACCUCCAUCAGCAAUCCCGCUCAUCGCACACAACGCGCCCGAUCCACCACUGAUAUAGCCCCGCUGCGAGCAGCACUAGCGACUUGGGGGCUAACUAUCGACGACCUGGAUGUGGCUUCACUGCACGGCACAUCGACGCGCGGCAAUGACCUCAAUGAGCCCGAGGUGAUCGAGACGCAGAUGCGUCAUUUAGGUCGCACUCCUGGCCGCCCCUUGUGGGCCGUCUGCCAAAAGUCGGUGACGGGACACCCUAAAGCACCAGCGGCCGCAUGGAUGCUCAAUGGAUGCCUCCAAGUACUCGACUCGGGGCUGGUGCCCGGCAACCGCAAUCUGGACACGCUAGACGAGGCUCUGCGCAGCAUGUCACAUCCGUUCAUCGGCGUGGCCCCCAAGUACUUCCUUGCAACGCUCCCCCGUCCCGAGGUUGAGGGCUACUAUCGCAAGGUGAGGGUUCGAACCGAGGCGGGUGAUCGCGCCUACGCCGCGGCGGUUAUGUCGCAGUCGGUGGUGAAGAUCCAGACGCAAAACCCGUACGACGAGCACGAUGCUCCCCGCAUUUUCCUCGAUCCCUUAGCGCGUAUCUCCCAGGAUCCGUCGACGGGCCAGUAUCGUUUUCGUCCCGAUGCCAGUCCGGCCCCCGACGAUGUUCCUCUGCCAUCUCCCGGUAAACGCGCCGAGCUAGUGAAGGGCAUCUCCUCCACCUGGAUCAAGGAGCAAGUGCGACCACAUAUAUCUCCCGGCGGCACGGUGGGCGUAGACCUGGUUCCUCUCGCCUCGUUCGACGCAUACGAGAACACCAUCUUUGUUGAGCGCAAUUAUACGGUGAGUGAGCGCGAAUGGGCUGAAAAGACUGCGGAUGUGCGCGCGGCCUAUGCCAGCCGGUGGUGUGCAAAAGAGGCGGUGUUCAAAUGUCUCCAGACACAUUCACAAGGCGCGGGGGCAGCCAUGAAAGAGAUUGAGAUCGAGCAUGGUAGUAACGGCGAACCGAAAGUCAAGCUCUGGGGUGCUGCGCAAACAGCGGCGCGGCAGCGAGGAUUGGAAGGAGUGCAACUGAGCAUCAGCUAUGGCGACGACGCGGUGAUAGCGGUGGCGCUGGGGCUGAUGGCUGGUGCUUCAUACUGA